AUGAGUAUGGGAGGCUGAAGUAGGAUGAGGCUCAAGCUGUAUUUAGUCGGCAGAUGGAGCCAAUCAAUACACAGCCUUUUAGCUUGAUUGAAUGACACGAGGAGCACAUUACAUAGCAGCAAUUUGAAGAUACAAGACAUCACACAGGGCACGGAAUCAUUACAGGACAAGAACAUUACAGGUAGCGCUAGUCUCGAUCCACGGCACCACAGAUGUGGAGGUGAUAAUGCACAUAGCUCCCGAGCUACAUGACCCUGUUGCCAGAGACGAGAGGAGACAGUGGAUCUCAAGAUGCUCGGCUGAAGUUGAUAUGAGCUGACUUCUUCCCAAACAACAAAGAGAAGUAUGUUGAAGAAUCAAACAACGACUUGUGCCAAAACAACGAAGAACAUGUCAAAGGAUGAAACAACAUCAACAACAAUAACAACAACAUCAUACCAACGAAGGACCAAAGUUUGCAGGCCAUCAGACAGGAGCCAUUUAGAGCUGACGGAAACACCUCAGGCCUAAUUUAACAACCAGUUGCAUCCAACUUCACAAUGUUGGAAGGAAAUGUAUUCUGGGAAAAUAAUCCUACUGAAUCUGACUAUGCAAGGAACCAAUAAAGUGCCAACAUAUCUAUCCAACUGAAUCCAUUAUCCUACAUGCCAUUUCAACCUUCCAGUUUACUACUUAUAAUCAAACACGUCACAUUUGUUAGCUGCAAAGACCAAAGGAGAAUUACCAAAUACAAUGAUACUAAACGUGAAAGGUCAUCUAAGUUUGGGCAAUAAGAUUUGAAUAUUGUGUUUUUACAUACAUUGAAUGAAUUGUAUAUUUCAUAUUGUACCCCUAUUGGUAUGUUUAGCUAAUGAAUCUCAUUUGGCAGUAUUCAGAUGAACCCCUAUUGGUAGUGUUCAAAUAAUGUUCACCUUUUGGUAGUGUUCAAAUAAUGUUCACCCACUGGUAGUGUUCAACUAUUGUUCACCCGUUGGUAGUGUUCAAAUAAUGUUCACUUAUUGCUAGUGUUCAACUAUUGUUCACCUAUUGCUAGUGUUCAACUAAUGUUCACCUAUUGCGAGUGUUCAACUAAUGUUCACCUAUUGCUAGUGUUCAACUAUUGUUCGCCUAUUGCUAGUGUUCAACUAAUGUUCACCUAUUGCUAGUGUUCAACUAUUGUUCACCUAUUGCGAGUGUUCAACUAUUGUUCACCUAUUGCUAGUGUUCAACUAUUGUUCACCUAUUGCUAGUGUUCAACUAUUGUUCACCUAUUGCUAGUGUUCAACUAUUGUUCACCUAUUGCGAGUGUUCAACUAAUGGUCACCUAUUGCUAGUGUUCAACUAUUGUUCACCUAUUGCUUGUGUUCAACUAAUGUUCACCUAUUGCUAGUGUUCAGCUCAUAUCUCCUAUGAUAAUGUAUAGAUAAUGAAUCCCUAUUGACAGUGAGGUAGUGUUCACCUGUCAGCAUGUUUAGCUGUGCUUUCCUCAAAGUGAUGAACAAACCUAGGCUCCGGACCAAAGCUUUGACAGUAUCAGCCAUUUUUUGGUGUCUUGUGUUUGUAUGGGUAAACACCAACUACAGCGAUGAAGAAGUGCUCAAAUGGAUAACGGUGUCAGACAACAAACUUAAGGAUCCAUUGCUCAAUCGCCACCAGUUCUCCUACUCACUAAACACAGACAUCUGCCAGUCAAGAAAAGCAGACAUAGUUGUUAUUGUCCACACAGCCGUAGAUAAUUCGCUUCGCAGGAUGAAGUCACGUGAUACAUGGGCAGGCAUUGUCCAGAUAGACCAACAUUCCAUAGUGACUAUCUUCAUGGUAGGGCAAACAAUGGACUAUUCUAUGCAACGACUGUUAGUACAGGAGUCCCGAUACCACAAUGAUAUUGUACAGGGUAAUUUUCUAGACUCUUACAGAAAUUUGACAUAUAAGCACAUCAUGGCAUUAGGCUGGGUUAAUACCCAUUGCCCAGAUGCUAAAUUAAUUGUGAAAACUGACGAUGAUGUGUUAGUGAAUUUAUUCAAUUUAGCCACAUAUAUUUACAAAUAUGGAUUCCAGAACGACUUUCUGUAUUGUCUGUCAUACACUUUUGCCUUUCCGAAAAGAAUCUCCGGUGACAAGUGGUACGUGGGAUACAACGAUUACCCGUUCAUGAUGUACCCUGUGUUCUGUUCAGGCGCAGCAUACCUUAUCUCGCCCAAUGCAGCUAUGAAGUUAUUCCAAGCAUCAAGUGAUAUCCGAUUCUUUUGGAUAGAUGAUUUAUAUGUGACUGGAUUUCUGGUGUUGAAAGUGGGCCUACGACACACGCAGAUGAUCCCCGGCCAUGAUUUUGUGAACACGUCAACACUGACCAAGGACUCCAUGUUUCUGGAUGCUCAGCAUGUCUGGUAUUCUCAGUGGGACUACAUCAUCAAGUCUGUUCCAAGCACACUCUUUUACAAAGCAGCAUAUCUAUCGUGAUACAAAGUUGGAUUCAGUGUCUUAUAGUUUCUUCUGUUCAGUUCAAGUGAGUGAGUAUGGUUUUACGCCGCUUUUAGCAAUAUGCCAGCAAUAUCAUGGUUGGGGACACCAGAAAUGGGCUUUACACAUUGAGUCCGAACUCGGGUCUUCAGUGGGAUGAGCAAACGCUUUAACCACCUGGCUACCCGACAACUCCUGUUCAGUUCAAACGUACUGCAAUAUUAUACAUAACCGCUAAACAUUUCAGGUAUAAUACAAAAUAACUGAAUAUACGUUAUAACGGUAACAUAUACAUUAGAGUGAGUGAGUGAGUGAGUAUGGUUUUACGCCACUUUUAGCAAUAUUCCAGCAAUAUCACAUCGGGGGACACCAGAAAUGGGCUUCACACAUUGUACCCAUGUCGGGAAUCGAACCCGGGUCUUUGGCGUGACGAGCUAACGCUUUAACCACUAGGCUACCCGACCGCCCCCAUAUACAUUAGAAAUGUUUUGAGAGAUUUUUAUAGUUACUCCUUCUGUUUACCAUACAGAACAAGACAUAUUGUUACCAACACUAAUGGUUUUAUGAUUCCUUCAUUAUUGAGAUAUAUAUCUAAUUUUUAUUUCUGCUUUAUUUCAAAGAUACACUAUGAGAAAGAGAAACUAUCACAUAUUUACUAAUUUAGAUUUUUAACAAUGCAUCAGCUUUGAAGGGUUUAUUUUAGUCCUUAUGAUAAUGCAUUACACUGCAGUAGUUUCACACUCACACAAUUUCAAUACUUUAACAUACAUACAAUUUUACAAUGUCAGUACUACCGUAUUUAUACAAGUUCAUUACUUUACGUUUUUUAAAAUAUUGAUAAAAGGUAUGAAAUAAUCUUCCCUUUUGUAAGAAUGACCUCUGAGUGUGGCUGAGGCGUGAAAAACAUGUUGAACAUAUUGACAAAUGUAAGAUUCAGUGGCAAUCUUUAUAGACAGCAGAUCCUUAGUUUUCCACUUUUUCAAUUUAAACCAAUGAUAUUAUCUAACAUACUUCCAUAUUAAUUUAUGGAUUGGGCCUCCAUUAGUCAACAAACCUCUUAUUUUAUUUACAUAUGGAUCUGUAUUCUAUGGCAAAUAGUUUCGACAAAUUUGUUUUAUUUAAUGACAUAUUUUUACACAUUCCUUGUGUAAAUAAAUGUUGCUGUUGAAAACAGUCAUGAAGGAACCAGCUGUAGAUCAUUUAGCAGUGACAGGAACUAAACUGCAACAUCAUUGGACCAAUAAUACACAACUUGAUUUUGUCUCGUUAUCUUAACAUGUAGGGAAGUGCUGCAAAGCAGUGGGUUGCCACGAGGCAUGAGUAAGUGAGGAUUAACGUUGCUUUGUAUUUUAGUUGUAUCAGGGCGAAUCAGCUCUAUGUGAGAGGUGAGGCUUUAAUGUGAUGCAGGUCUUACACGUUUUACUUCAUGACAAGAACAUCACAAUAAAGGCAUCCAGAAAACAAGCAGUUAAUAAAUCAAGGUUGUGAACACUGCAGGGGACGUAGCAUUAGUUGACUGCCAGCUCACUUCAGGUUUGACUGCAGCAGCAAUCCCUGUGAAGGUCAACAUCAAGAGGUACCGAAAGGCUUCCAGACAAGUAUCCCUAACAUAAAAUAUGUAACAGUGGUUUUCCCCUUUUUGAACUCAAGAUGUAGGAGUAAGAACGACUCAAUUCCAUUGAUUGCUAAUUCAUGUUUUUUUUUGUAAAAAAUUGUGAAACUAAACUAUUUAUUGAAAAAAUUAAGUUUGGUUUUCUAUGUCCACAUAUCAUUCAAAUGUAAAUCCAGUAAAUUAUCAGCUAUUGCAUAAAACUGUGUCAUAUUUUCUUCCAUUCUUCAUGACACCCUCUAUAUUUCUUGCUUGAAAUUCCUGUUGCAUGUACAGUGCACCAUGUGAGACAACUAGCUUAUUUUUGCAGGUAAUAACUUAACACAAUGAAAUAAAAGCAGCGACUUAUGGGUGGGACUGACCUGGUGCACUUGUAGUGAGACAUGUCUUGGGAGAUGUCCAUGUACACUGGUAGUGAGAGACAUGUCUUGGGAGAUGUCCAUGUACACUGGUAGUGAGACACGUCUUCGGAGAUGUCCAUGUACACUGGUAGUGCGACACGUGUCUUGGGAGAUGUCCUUGUACACUGGUAGUGUGAGACAUGUCUUGGGAGAUGUCCAUGUACACUGGUAGUGAGACAUGUCUUGGGAGAUGUCCAUGUACACUGGUAGUGAGACAUGUCUUGGGAGAUGUCCGUGUACACUGGUAGUGAGACACGUGUCUUGGGAGAUGUCCUUGUACACUGGUAGUGUGAGACAUGUCUUGGGAGAUGUCCAUGUACACUGGUAGUGAGACACGUGUCUUGGGAGAUGUCCUUGUACACUGGUAGUGUGAGACAUGUCUUGGGAGAUGUCCAUGUACACUGGUAGUGAGACAUGUCUUGGGAGAUGUCCAUGUACACUGGUAGUGAGACACGUGUCUUGGGAGAUGUCCUUGUACACUGGUAGUGCGAGACAUGUCUUGGGAGAUGUCCAUGUACACUGGUAGUGAGACAUGUCUUGGGAGAUGUCCAUGUACACUGGUAGAGAGACAUGUCUUGGGAGAUGUCCGUGUACACUGGUAGUGUGAGACAUGUCUUGGGAGAUGUCCGUGUACACUGGUAGUGAGACAUGUCUUGAGAGAUGUCCAUGUACACUGGUAGUGUGAGACAUGUCUUGGGAGAUGUCCUUGUACACUGGUAGUGAGACAUGUCUUGGGAGAUGUCCAUGUACACUGCUAGUGAGACAUGUCUUGGGAGAUGUCCAUGUACACUGGUAGUGAGACAUGUCUUGGGAGAUGUCCUUGUACACUGCUAGUGAGACAUGUCUUGAGAGAUA